AUGUGCUUUAUUCGCCCUGUAUCGCAUCUUCCGACAGUGGAAAACACCCACUUGUUCCAGAACUACCAGCUCACUAUGCCACAGGACUGUUUGGGUGACGAUGCCGUCCUCUUCUACGGCCAUGAAAAUUGGAGGGCCCAAUUGUACGUCAAUUUUGACACAGACACCAACAGGGUCAAACUUCCGUUUUCAAAUUUAAGGUCGCUCGAUCGCCAUGAGUGUACACUGACUGGGACAAAUCCCCCCUCCACUGUGCUGGAUAUGUGGCUUUUUGUGCUAAACGAGUGUUUGCUUUGCUAUAUCCCCGCUGCGGACCUGAUAUUCGAAAUACCGUACGAGGCCAUCACACUCGUUGGUCUACGAGGAUCCCGAAUCUAUCUAAACAUAAUAGAGGGUUCGGAUCUGGGGCAGGCUCCUAUAGAGUGCGAAUUAUGGCCAGAAGAAGAUGCAAGCAAGUAUCCUUUGUUUAGUGCUUUCUCUGGCUUCACUAUAGAACAGCAUCUACAAACAGCCCUACGGGCAAUAAAUGAACGCAUUGCAGCUACAUCCACUUAUCAUAACUUUGACUCCGAGGAACUGCACGAAGAGCCCGCAGAUGUGGAGGUCCACUUGAACGACCAGGGCGAGGCAGACGACGAGCUGAACGACCAACUGCUUCCUCUGGAUACAGCCAAGAGCAGCAUGUACGUUGAGCUGGGGAUCAUGAGUGGGAAACGCGCACGUGAGGAAGAGGACACCACAAAUGGGGUGAAAACAAAAAUUAGAUAGUCUUUUGAGAAACCGGCAGUUUUGCGCCCUGAGGAGGGCUAUUUUUGGCUCGAAAAUCCUUAUUGACCUCGUCCAUGGUCAGCCACUCGACUCCCUCGUGCUUGUUGAUGUGCUCGAUCAAUCUUUCGUGCAUCAUUAAUACGUGGGGGCGGCCAGAAACGUCUGGGUGGCACGUGAUUGGAAAAACAAACUCGUCGUAUUCGCGAUAGAAGUAAUCAAAGUGGUCGCGCCAGAUGUCCUCGAUGUCGCGCGGAUUGGCCCAACCGUACCCAUCGGCGCUGUUUUUGAUGAACAUCAUGGGCGGCAGGUCGUCAAUGUACCAGUUUCCGGGAAUUUCCACGAGACCAGUCUCCUUUCCGCGUUUCAAAGGUUUCAUCCACUCGUGGGCUGUUUUCGAAUAGUCAAUUUUUGUCCACGAGUCGCCCGUCCGGAACCAAUAGCACUGGCAGUCGUGGUGCGACAUGGAGUGGUCGUACUCUAUGCCGUAGUCCAGCAGCAUUUCCACGCCCUCCUGGCUAGUUUCCCACCAGGGAGCAACGGAACCUUUGGGCGGCUUUCCGCAGAACUCGGUGAGCAAUUUGAAAGUUUUGUCAAGGACGUCUUUCUGCUGCUGCAAGGUCAUGUCACUGGGGUUUUCGUGCGAGUAGCCGUGAAGACCAAUCUCGUGACCUGCGUCCCUGAUCAUGGCGCACUCCUCUGGGAAAGUCUCAAGCGAGUGGCCUGGAAUGAACCACGUGGCCUUGAUACCGUACUUGUCGAGCAUCUUCAGCAUUCGCGGAAUCCCCACAUGCCCUGCAAACAAGCCUCGCGAGAUAUCGCUGGCGGAGUCCUGGCCCCCGUACGAACCGAGCCACCCAGCAACCGCAUCAAUGUCAAUUCCGUAGCAACACAAAACUCCUGGUUGUUAGCAUGGUGGUAUAUACUACUAACUUUUCGG